AUGGCUGACGACGCGGGGUUUUCCACCAUCUCCAUCUCGUCUCGGCGCGGCCCCUACGAGGAGGAGCGUGAGGUCGAACGGCAUGGCUUCUUCAUGGUGUUUCUCGCGACGCUCGUUCUCGUCGUGGUGCUGGUCAUCGCGGUGGCCGUGCCCAUGUCGCUCAGCUCCGAUGACGAGCACGGCAGCGACAAGCCCCCCGCGUUCGAUUCGCCGCUAGCUCGGGCCAAGUACCUGCAGCAGCAUUCGCCGCUGGUGGACGGCCACAACGACCUCCCGUGGGCUCUCCGCCAGAUGCUCAACAACAACCUCACCGCCAUCAACCUCGACCAAGUGCAAUCCGACCUGAUGACGGACUUGCCGCGGCUGCGGGAGGGCCUGGUGGGGGCGCAGUUCUGGUCGGUCUACGUCACCUGCGGGCAGGAGGCCUACAACGGCUCCCGCGCCGUGCAGGCCACCAUGGAGCAGAUCGACGUCGUCUACCGGCUCAUCGAGCGGUACCCGAAGGACCUCAAGCUGGCGCUGACGGCGAACGACCUCGUGGAGGGCUUCAAGGAGGGCAAGAUCGCGUCGCUUAUCGGCAUGGAGGGCGGCCAUUCGAUCAACAACUCACUGUCCACGCUCCGAAUGUUCCACCGUCUCGGCGCUCGCUACAUGACGCUCACGUGGGCGUGCACGCUCGAUUGGGUGGACAGCGCAAACGGUCCCUUCCUCCACAACGGCCUGACCGCCUUCGGCGAGGAGGUAGUGCGUGAGAUGAACAGGCUGGGCAUGCUGGUGGACAUCUCCCACGUGUCGCCGGCUGUCAUGCACGCCGCCAUCAACGUCUCCGCCGCCCCCAUCAUCUUCAGCCACAGCAACGCCCGAGCGCUCUGUGAUCACAUUCGCAAUGUGCCCGACGAUGUGCUGGACAGGAUUCCGGCCAACGGCGGGAUGGUGAUGGUGGUGUUCUACCCUGAGUUUGUGCGGCUCGAGAAUCCCAGGAAUGUCACCAUCAAGGACGUCGUGAACCACAUCGACUACAUCAAGAACAGGAUCGGUGUGGAUCACGUGGGCCUGGGGAGCGACUUUGACGGGGUAUCGUACAUGCCUACCGAUCUCGGCAACGUGUCCCGCUUCGUCGACAUCACCAUCGAGCUCAUCGACAGAGGGUACACGGACGAGGAGAUCAAGAAGGUGCUGGGCCUGAACACCAUCCGCGUCAUGCGCCAGGCCGAAGCCGUGGCGGCUCGGCUCCAGAAGACCACCCGCCCGUCCGACGCCGUCUGCUGCUGA